GGUAUGAGCGGCGCACUCCUCCGACCCGGAAGUCCCUCCGCUGGAGUUUCUCUGAGAGAGACGCGGGUUGUGAACACCGGCUCUCUCUGUGUGUGUAGUGUAGGUGUUUGUGUGUAGUGUUUGUGUGUGCGUUCGUCUCCUGGGCGCCUGUUUUCCCGACGGUUCUGUUCCGGGGGGAGCCCAGCAGCCACCAUGGGCAAAAGGCAGCACCAGAAGGACAAAAUGUACAUAACAUGUACAGAAUAUACGCAUUUUUACGGAGGAAAGAAAGCAGAAAUUCCACAGUCCAACUUCAGGCGCCUGCCUUUUGAUCACUGCAGCUUAUCUUUGCAGCCAUUUGAAUAUCCUGUUUGCACACCCGAUGGAAUCAUCUUUGACUUGCUGAAUAUUGUUCCGUGGCUAAAGAAGUAUGGAACAAAUCCAAUCACGGGAGAGAAGCUGGAUGCGAAAUCUCUCAUCAAGUUGAAUUUUGCUAAAAACAGCGAUGGAAAAUACCACUGUCCCGUGCUCUUCACGGUCUUCACCAACAAUUCCCACAUGGUGGCCAUCAAGACAACUGGAAAUGUGUUUGCUUAUGAGGCAGUGGAACAGUUGAACAUCAAAGCAAAAAGUUACAAGGAUCUGUUAACGGAUGAACCCUUCACUAGGCAAGAUAUUAUUACGCUGCAGGAUCCAACCCACUUGGACAAAUUUAAUGUGUCCAGCUUUUUCCACGUGAAGAACAACUUAAAAGUGACGGAUCCAGAUGAGGAGAAAGCCAGAUCAGACCCGUCCUACUACCUGAAGAAUGCAAACACCGAGACCCGAGAAACGCUGUCCGAACUUUAUAAAGAAUUCAAAGGGGAUGAACUCCUGGCAUCAACCAUGAGGGGCCCGGAGAAGAAGAAAGUGGAUAAGUUGAAUGCAGCUCACUAUUCCACAGGCAGAGUGAGUGCCUCCUUCACAUCCACUGCCAUGGCACCGGAAACAACACACGAAGCAGCUGCUAUUGAUGACGAUGUGGUGCGAUAUCAGUAUGUGAAAAAGAAAGGCUACAUCCGGCUGCAUACCAACAAAGGCGACCUCAAUCUGGAGUUACACUGUGACAUGACCCCUAAAACCUGUGAAAACUUCAUUAAGCUAUGCAAAAAAAAUUACUACGAUGGGACCAUUUUUCACAGAUCAAUUCGCAAUUUUGUGAUUCAAGGGGGUGAUCCGACUGGAACGGGAACAGGAGGAGAAUCCCACUGGGGGAAGCCGUUUAAAGACGAGUUCCGGCCCAACCUGUCCCACACCGGACGUGGCGUCCUCAGCAUGGCCAACACUGGGCCAAACAGCAACAAGUCCCAGUUUUUCAUCACAUUCCGUUCCUGCGCCUACCUGGACAAGAAGCACACUGUAUUUGGAAGGGUGGUCGGUGGCUUUGAGACUCUGACGGCAAUGGAGAAUGUGGAGAGCGACCCAAAAACGGACCGUCCAAAGGAGGAAAUCAAAAUCAACUCAACAACUGUUUUCGUUGAUCCGUACGAAGAAGCAGAUGCUCAGGUUGCCAAAGAGAGAGAGAAGGCUCAUCAAGAGGAAGAGGCAGCAAAGGGGGAAAUCAAAGCCGUGGUCCCAAAGAAGGAACCUCACACUCCAAAAACAUACCGCAAGGGAGUUGGGAAAUACAUUAAUAUAGCGGCAGCCAAGCGGAUGCCGGAUGACGACGGACCAUCCACCAGCGUAGCUGCAAAGAAAGAGAAGAAAAGCACCGGCUUUGGGGACUUCAGCUCCUGGUAGCCAAUUCUGGGCCACCCAACUGCUAUACAAGCCCAGCCUGGACUUCAUAGAGACUGCAAAGAGGCAGGGUUCGGAAGUUGCUUCUUACCCAAGGAUGACGGAUGCAGACCAAUUAUUUGAACAUAAGCGUUUGCUUAAACAGAUUAAUGAGUGGGUCUUAAAGAGAUUAAUAAGUGAAAAUAGGAUUCAUGCAGUCCUGUUCCAGACUCAAAAUGUCCGGAGGAGAUGGUGCAGGAGGCAUCAGUGGCCUUUCCUAGUUUCCUGGGUAUUUUUUUCCUGAAUUAUCCUGCUCCUGCCAAGAAGCCUCCAUCCGUCAACCCAUCCUCCCUGUAGCAUCGUCCGAUGCAAGCUGGUCCCUCUGGCUAAACAGCUUCGUGAGCAUCGCUUCACAUCUCUGCCACUGACGCUUCUGGACACAGAGGGACAGAUUCCAAACUCUGCCGCCUGGUGAGAGGUCAGUGAAGGGGAGCAAAACGGCAGCUCUUGGCCGGAGUUGCACAUGGCAAGAUGGCCUGUCCUCACAGCCCCGCUGGUAAUCACAACAACUGUUCCAUCAGGAUUGAAGCUAUCUAGGAGAAAGACUGAAUUUACCUGGUUCCAUUACACUCGCCAUGACACAGUUUGAAUUGUUUGCAAUAGUUUCCCUCUCAUGGACAGAGUGGUCAUUGCUUGAAUAUAACUUUUAAAAUAUAUUGCAAUAUGAAAAAAAGAACUCCCCUUGAUACAAAAGUACAGCAGGAUUUCUGUAAAAUAUUUUUCAUUGAAGGUUUAAAUUUUC